ACUGUGAAACACUUGUUGAGAUUCCUAGUUAUUGUCAAAAAAACUACUUGAAUGUUAAAAGUUUGACGCAAUAUUUUGUGCUUGGAGAAACGAAGAACAGAAAAUGUUUUCUUAAAAUAAGUGAUCUUUUAACUUAACUAUGAAAUGGAUUGCGUUGGUUUGCAGACAUUCGUGGAGAUGGGUUCAUGGCAGCGAAGAUGGGAUUUGCGAACUGGGCAGGGCUGAACGCAAGCAGUGCAGUGGCGGUUCGGAACGAGGCAGACAAGAGCAUAUUCUUCCAAUGCUCCAUCGAAGGACUCCAGGACACACUGUGGGCGGUUUCCGGGCGUCAGUUCUACAAAAAGUGCGAUAUCUACGGCACGGUGGACUUCAUCUACGGCAGCGCAGCGGCGGUGUUCCAGGACUGCAUGGUGUACGCGCGGUACAGAGAGUACGUGACGUUCACGGCUCAGUCGCGAGAGGAUCCGAAUGAGAAAAGCGGGUUCAGUUUCCAAAGAUGCGAAUUCAGAAUGUCGCCGGAGGAUGAGAACAGAAAGAAAGAGGUGCAUGCGAGCCUUGGGCGUCCCCUGAGACCCUAUUCCACCGUCGCCAUCCUCCACUCGUACAUUGACUCCAUCGUCGAUCCUAAAGGUUGGGAGCCCAUGCCCCACCAGCCCACCGACAAAGUCACCUACAUCGAGUUUCAGAAUGUUGGGCCGGGCUCUAACACCGACGACAGAGUUAACUGGGCCGGCGUCACGGUCCUUAGAUACCCGGCCCAAGCAGCCCAUUUCACUGCCUCCUAUCUCUUAGACGCCGACUCUUGGAUUCCCUCUUCCGGUGUUCCGUACAACACCGGACUAUAGUCUAUUCAAUCAAAUGUAUCUGCUGCAACAAAUAUUACCGCUAUCUAACAUUUUCAAAUUAAUUUCUUUCUAACCGCUCUUAAAAUUACUUGCUGCUAAUUUAGGCAAAUUUAAAAUAAAGGCUAAUAUAAAUUAAUUGAAUUGAUAAUGAUAAGACGAGAAGUACAAUAUAGUGAAUAAUUAAUUAAUUAAUUAAUUAGUUUUUAAUGUUAGAAAAGGGAUGUGGUAGUAUAAGAGAGGGAAAUGCGAUUGAGUGGCGGGGAACUGUCGUAUCGAGAUGGCGAGGUGGUUAUCACAUUCACCUCUGUGGCUUCCAAUUCCAAAUUAAAAUUCAAAUUUAAAUUUAAAUUCAAAUCCAAACUCAAGGGUGCUACAGUAUCAACAUGCAUACAGAGCUCAAUUGCGUGUUCGAUGCAGCGAAGUCGGUGAGGAGAAGGAGAAGAAGAAGAA